ACCAUAGACUGUAAACAGCAGGGAUAUCAUAGCUCUUAAAACAUAUUUCCUCUCGCCUCUGCUUCAUUUCCUUGCAUCUCUCCGCGCAUCUCUGGUUGGAGGGACUCAGAGGAGGAGGCAAUUAAUGGAACUGAGACGUAUCCUACCCAAAAGCUACGCAGCACAGGGCUAUCUUCGACUUCCUGGUAAUAGAUGAGCAAAAGCUUGAAAAAAUGACGACACGUAGGAUGCUGUCUAAAACAUUGGAACAUUUGAAUUCUGGGGAGCUUGAAGAUUUCUGCCUACUUGUUGAAUUGGAGAAAGGUGUCCCCCUCCUCUCAAAACUCGAUCUAAAAUCAAUAUGCCCAGAGAAAAUAGAGGAGCUGAUGGUGAAGAGAUACAGCGAGGAGGAGUGUGUGAAGUUGACCAGAAAUAUCUUAAAGAAGAUGAACAGGACUGCUCUCGUGAAGAGAUUGCUUGGCGACAGACGGGAGCCCGAAGAAGAACACUCUAUGGAUGAAGAGCCGCUUUCACUGACCCAGAGGGUGGAAAAGAUGACAUCUGUUUUAGAACUGCUUGUGGAAAUUAUAGCUUGCCUAACAGAAAACCAGUAUGAGAUAUUCAAGCAGUUGAUCAGAUAUGAAGGCCACAAAACAUAUAAAUCAUACAACCCUCGUUUGCUGGGGCAGACAAACCAUCAGGACACUGCGUGUGUUACAGUUUCGACUUUUGGUCAAAACUCUGUUGUGAAGACGAUGAAGAUUUUAAAGCAGAUAAACAGAACUGAUCUGGUGCAGAAGUUGUUGGAGACCAGCUCAAGUUUCAAAAAGAAACCCUCAGAUGAACCACGCUCUGUCCUGUUGGAGAAAGCAGCAACAAUUGCAGCUGUUAAAGAGCUGCUUUUGGAAAUCCUGCAUUCUUUAAAUGACGGGGAGCUCGAGGAAUUCAAGUUUCUGCAGUUGGCCUUUCAAGAGGACUCCAAAGACAUCCCACAUUUAUUGAGACACUCAAACGAGCGUACAGAAAUAUUGGAAGUGAUGGUGCAGACCUACGGGCGACAGUCUGUGGAUGAGACCAGAGAGAUUUUAAAGAAGUUGCACAGAUUUGAUCUCAUGCAGAUGUUUUCAGAGACUAGCUCAGAACCCAAAGUGGAUGAGCAUCAACCUCCAGUCUUUGAAAAAACGGUAAAGGAAGAUGUGGAACAUGUUCUUUCGGAAACAUUGAGUGGUUUGAAACUUGAGGAGUUUGAGAAAUUUAAGUGGGUGCUGCAGCUCACAUACUUCCAGAGGAGUUUUACACGAAUCCAGUGGCACGACAUGGAGUGGGCAGCAACUCCAGAUGAACUGGUGUAUCUGAUGGUGAGGAACCAGCAGCCUGUGGAGGUGACCAAAGAGGUUUUAUUGGACAUGAACAGGACUGAUCUAGUUGAGAGGCUGAUGGGGACAGACUCAGGACUUCAAGAGAAACAUCAGCCUAAACUGCGUCAUCAAGUGAGUAAAGUAAAAUCAGAAACACAUUAAACAACAAGGUUUCCAUUUAUUUCAUUUUAUUGUUACAUGAACAUAAUUAUUCUCAUCUUGAUAGUAAAGUGGUGGAAAAGGUUUUCAGCUGCAGAUGGUAAAGAAGGAGGACAAUAAAAGUACCAUGUUGUGAUGAUGUUACAAAAAGAACACACUUAAGAAUACUUUGUUUUUAUAGAAAUUGUUGGAGCCAAAAUGUGGGUUUAUGUUUUGCCCUUUAGUUUUCCUUUGGGUAUGUGUGUGUGUGUAAUCCCUUUACUGGACACCGUGUGGAGCCUGAGCUGAUUCUGUGCUCCAGGUGAUGGUAGCAGGUGAAUGAAUAGUUUUCAACCCUGGCAGCCUGUCAGAGGUGAGCCUGAUUUUAUUUAAUAUACCAGAUUUCUCUAUCAUUUAGCAUAUGGAUGCAGUGGGACAUCGUUUCAUCCUUAGAGCUGAGCAUGAAUCCUAAAU